AUGGUUGCGAGAUAUGGGGUUGGCUAUAAACCACCAUCUUAUCAUGAUAUCAGAGCGAAGCUUUUGAAAAGAGCAGUGGAGAAAACUGAUGUAAUGCUUCAAGAAUUUAGGGAUGAGUGGAAGAAAACUGGUUGCUCAAUUAUGUCUGAUGGGUGGAUAGAUAAAAAAAGACGUUCAAUUUGUAAUUUUUUGGUGAACAGCCCAAAAGGGACUGUAUUUCUUUAUUCAUUGGAUACCUCAGACAUCUCAAAAAUGACUGACAAAGUGUUGAAGAUGAUGGAUAAUGUAGUGAAUUUUGUUGGAGAGAAGAAUGUAGUCCAGGUGAUAACCAAUAAUGCUGUAAAUUACAAAGCAGCUAGAGAAUUGUUGAUGCAGAAACGAGAGCAUUUGUAUUGGAUCCCAUGUGAUGCUCAUUGCAUUGAUUUGAUAUUUGAAGAUUUUGAGAAACAUUUGAAGGUUCAUCAGACUACUAUAAAGAAGGGAAGAAGGAUCACCACCUAUAUUUAUGGUAGAACAAUGUUGAUUAGCAUCAUGAAGAAGUUCACAAAUGGAAGAGACUUGAUUAGGCCUGGUAUGACUAGAUUUGCCAUAACUUAUUUAACUUUAGCUUGCCUUCAUGAAUUGAAAGCAUCAUUAUUGAGCAUGUUUAGCUCUGAAGAGUGGAAAACAAGCAAGUUUGGAACUUCACAAGAGGGGAGAAAAGUACAGAAUGUGGCUUUGGAUAGUCAAUUUUGGAAAAACAUAACCAUGUGCCUCAAAGUUGUUGCCCCUCUUACGAUGGUCCUUCGAUUGGUGGAUUCAGAUGUAAAACCCGCCAUGGAAAGGAAAAAAAUUAAUUUGCCACUUGUUGAGUUUCAUUUUGCUAGAGGGCUUUUCUCUAUGGAAGAGGCAAAGGACAGUAGAAAAGUCAUGCAACCUGGAGAAUGGUGGGAAAUGUUUGAUGAUGGAACUCCAAAGUUGAGGAGAUUUACUAUUCGUGUUUUGAGCUUGACUUGCAGCUCUUCUGGGUGUGAGCGUAAUUGGAACUCAUUUGAAAUGUUAAAAAGUAAACAAAAUAGAAAAAGUAUUGCUCUUCCAUUUGAUGAGAUUGAGUCUGACGAUGAAUGGAUAACUAAAGAGGGAUAUAAUGAUGAGGAUGAGCAACCUCAAGGUGAAGGUGAUGGUGGCAAUGUUGAAUUAGUGGGAGAUGUUGGAGGAAGUUUAAAUGAUCUAGUUGUAGACGCUUUUGAUCUAGAUAAUUUAAUUUUGGUGGAACCUAAUGAUGAUGCACAAUCUGAGGAAGACCUUGAUGAUGAUGGAGAUGGUGAUGAAAGUGAUGAUAUUCAUGGAGAUGAUCCUAUUAGAGGAUUGGACAUGUUUCUUUGA